AUGAAUACAAUUUCAGUUGUUACUCGUGAUAUAAAUGAAUUAUUAAAACAUCCAUUAAUUAUUUGGGCGGAAAGUUUUAUUGAAAAAGAAAAUAAAUUAUCAUAUGAGCAAUUAAUUAAUAGUACAUGUUUUCAUGCUAUUAUUCGUUCAAUUGAUCCUCGUUUACAAAAUUCUCGUUUACCAAAUGAAGCAACUGAUACAAGUAGUCGAUUAGUUAAUUUAGAUUUUAUUUUACGAAGUAUUCGAUCAUUUGUUCAAGAUGUGCUUCGCUAUAUAAUUGUGGCUAAACUACCUAAUAUUUAUGUAAUUGCUCAUGAACCGUAUGCAGAAUAUUCAUUCGAUGAAAUCGAACGUAUUUUAUUACUUUUACUUGCAUGUUCAGUAUCAGGUGGCGAUAGAAAAGAUAUUCAUAUUCAACAUUUAGCUACAUUAAAUGAAUCAAUUCAACAAUCUCUUAUGCCACAUAUAGAAGAAUUAACAAAUGAAAUAAAUACAAUACUUCAACCACAAGAAUAUUUUUUUAAUGAUUAUUUUAAUACAGAUAAUAAUAAAUAUCUUAAAUGUUUAUUUAUUAAUUUAAUUAAUUUAAUUAAUGAACGUGAUCAUUAUUUUGAAGAAAUACUUGAAUUAGAACAAGAUAAACAAACAUUAAAACAAAAACUUGAAUUAUAUCAAUCAAGUUCAUCAAAUUUAUUAAAUAUAGGUGGUAGUAAUACUGGAACUAAUUUACAUUCAACACCAAGUCAAACAUCAUUGAAUACAUUUUUAAAUGAUCUUGAAACAAAAAAUCCUGGUAUUGAAAUUACAGAAUAUAAAACUAAAAUGCGUCAAAUGAAAUCAGAUUUAGAUGAUAAAAUGGAUACAAUUGAAACUAUGCGUGAAGAAUUUGAAUUAUUACAAACAGAAUUAAAUCGUAUUAAAAAUGAAAAUAUUGAAUUAAAUCAAAAUGCACGUUUAACAAGACUUUAUCGUGAUGAAAUAGAUACUUUAAAUGAUAAAUUAAUGAAAAUGGAAAAAUAUCAACAAGAACUUGAAAGAUAUAAAGAACGUUUUAAUGAUUUUGAUACAUUAAAAAAUCGAUUAGAAGAAUUGCAAAAUGAAAAUCAACUUCUUUCUCAAGCUCGUUCACAUCUUGAACAACAAAUCGAAGAAUAUCGAUAUCGUAUAAAUGAAAUGCUUCAAAGUGAAAUUGAUAUAAAAAAAUUUCAACAUGAUAUUGAAACAAUAACACAUGAACGUGAUAUGAUACAAGAAAAACUUUCAAAUUUACUUGAAGAUAAAGUACGUCUUGAAUUAGAUUUAAAUUCAACAACACAUACAGUUGAUACAUUACAUCAUGAAUUAAAUCAAGUUAAAUCACGUCAAGAUUUUGAUGAAUCACGUUCAUUAUCAAUAUCAUUUCAAAUUCAACAAACAAUUAAAAAUCGUUUAUUAAAAUAUGAUAUUGAUAAUAAACAAUUAAAAGAUCAAUUAACAGCAUUAAAAGAACGUUAUGAUAUUGAUAUGCAUAUGAAACGUAUUGAUGAUGAAAAACAAACUAUACAUAUACAAUUAUUAAAUGAACAAAUAAAUGAAUAUUUAAAUAAUGUUAAAUGUUUAGAAAUAAAAAAUGAUCAAUUAGCAAAAGAAAAAUUAUCUUUACAAAAUCAAAUACAAGAUAAUAAAAUUGAAUAUGAAAAAAUACGUUCAGAAUUAGAAGCUAAUAAUAAACAUUUAAAAUUAACAUUAAAUACGAUACAACAACGUGAACAAAUGGAAACAACAGCCAAAUUUCAAGAUAUUGAACAAGAAAAUAAACGAUUACAAGAUAGAAUUGGAGAAUUAAUGCAACAAAUUAGUCAAUUACAAAUUGAACAUGAUCAUUUAACAAUUGUUAAAGAACGUGAAUGUGCAUUAAAUGAACGUAUUAUUAAUCUUCAAUUAAAAUAUGAUCAAUUAGCACGUGAACAUUUAACAAUUGAAAAACGUUGUGAAAUGUAUGAAAAAAAUUUAAAACAUUAUGAAACUCUUGAACAUAAUUAUCUUGAAUUAAAACAUAAUAAUGAAUGUUAUAUUCGACAAAUAGCACAUGUUAAUCAACUUGAAAAAGAAUUUAUUGAUAAACAACUUCAAUAUGAACAAUUAGAAAAAGAAAAUUUUGAUUUAAAAAAACAAAUUAAAAAAUUAAAUGAAUGUUUAUUAAAUGAAGAAGAAAAUAAUCGACAAUUAAAAAAUGAUUAUUUUCUAUUAAAACAACGUUAUAAUGAAGAACAAUAUGAUGAAUUAACAAAGAAAUUAAAUGAUGCAUGUGAUUUAACAAGACAAAUACAAAUUAAAUUAAAAAAAAAACAAGAUGAAACAGAUAAUUUAAAAAAAACUCUUCAACAUAAUGAAUAUUUAAUUGAAAAAUUAAAAAAUGAUUUAAAACAAGAAACUUAUUUACGAGAAGAAUUACAACAAAAAAUUUUUCGUGAUAAUUCACAAGAAACAAGUGAUAAUGAAGAACAAAGGAAGAAUAAUGAAAUGACGGAUAUGCAACAACGUUUGGAUCUUGCUUUAAAAUCCGAUAAAGUUAAUACAUCAAUACAACGUUCAUUACAAGAAACUAUAGAAACUCUUAAUCAUCAUAUACAAGAUUUACAAUCAGAUAAAACACGUUUACAAACUGAUCUUCAACAGGCAACAUUACGUAUAGAAUCAUUACAAAAUGAUAAUAUUAAACAACGUCAAUUAAAUGAACAAAUAGAAAAUGAUCGUUUAAUAACAAUAAAUUCUUGUCAACAUUUUCAACAAACAAAUGAACAAUUAAUAAAUGAUCAUGAUCAAUUACAAAAACUUUAUACAAAACUUGAAAAUGAAUUUGAUACAACAUUAAAUCAAUUAACUGAACAACGUACAACAAAUCGUAUGUUAACAAAAGAAUGUAAAUAUUUACAAAUUGAAUUAGAUACAAUUGUUAAAGAAAAGCAAAAUCUAUUAAAUCGUAUUAGUUAUUUAUUAAAACAAAUUCAUCAAUAUGAAACAAAAUUAGCUGAACAAAAACCAUUUGAUGAACAGUAUUUAUUAUUACAAAAACAAUAUCAAAUACGUACAGAUGAUUUACAAGAUACAUUAAAUUUAAAUGAAAAUUUAAAACAACAAUUAGAUGAAAUUAAAUUAGAAUUAAGUAAAUCAAGAAGUGAUUUAGCUACAAUACAAAUGAAAUAUACAAAUAUUAAUGCUGAAUAUGCUAAUUUAAUAACAAAAUAUGAAUUUCUUGAACAACAAACUGAACGAACAGAAGAAGAAAAAAGUCAAUUAAUUGAACAAUUACAUAAUCUUGUAUUACAAAAUCAAAAUGUUCUUGCACAAGCAUUAAGUAAUAAAGAUUUAUUUCAUGAAGAAGCUCGAAGUUAUUUAGAACAACUUCAUUCAUUAAUGAGACAAAAAGAAUUACUUGAAAUGAAAAUUAUGGAACAAUAUAAAAAUAUGCCUAUACAUAAACCAAGACGAUCUCGUGGUCUUAUUCAAUCUGUUUCACGAAAAACUCGUAAUAUUCUCGAUCGUUUGGCUAAUCGUCGAACACGUACAUCAUCAGCUGAUGGACAACUUUAUCUUGGUGAUUCAACUGAACGUGCAAUAAGUCCAUCAUUAUCAUCAGUUGAUAAUACAGCUACACCAAUAUCUCAUGCACGAUCAACAACACCAGAUGUUAUAUCAUCAAGUUUAACAUCGGCACGUCAAUAUCAACCAUCAACUUCUGAAAUAUUUAAAAAUCAAGAAGAAAAUAAUCAUCUUCAUCAAUCAACCGAUAGUCUAGCUGAUUCAUCAUCAAAAGAAGAAGAAGAACCUCGAAUAAUUGAUGAUUCAGCACCUAUGGCUAAAUCAUCAACUCCCAUUCGUGUUACGUUACAAACGAAAGCACCCGAAUUUAUUUUAAACAAUCAUCGUCAAUCACCAUUUCGUCCAAUUCGAGAUUCACCAGGUCUUCAACAUUCUCUUCAUGAUAUAUCAUCGCCUACAGUAAAUCAACGUCGAUGUUCAUCAACUCAAUCAUUUCUUAUACAUCCAAAUCAAAAUAAUACUAAUAAUAUUCAUAGUUCAAUACGUCGACAUCGUUUACGUCCAUCAGUUAUUACUUCACCUAUUUUAUUGAAACAACAACAAUUAUCUGAACAACAACAACAAACAUCAUUUAAUGAUCAUGUACUUAUUACAGAAUUUGGUGCCAUUUAG